AUGGCAUUCCGAAGACAAUCCGGGUUCUUUCCGGCCAACUCACUUGCGGUGCUGUAUAAGUUACCAACGGUAGCAACGGAGGUAGGGUGCGUUGCAAUUAUCUCUCAUCGAUAUUUUGAAAAGGAUUGCUGGCGAAUUUGGGCUGCCUCGGCUUGCACUAGAAGAUGGAAUCAUUGGGCUCGCGCUAGAUCAGUUUGGGGCAAGGCAAUGUUUGUACAUUUUGUAUGCAAGACAAUUUGCCAUCUUGAGAUUUGCAAUGAUACCUCAGCAGUAAUGAGUUAUGUGGUUUCUGUAUUGCUUUGCACAUGAAUAUGGUGGCUGGGGCUGAGUGCGAGUGCUUUGGAAAUGGACGUCCUUGCACAUUGUCAAAUAUCCAGGUGGUAGCAUGAAGUUGACAUUGGCUUGUGAAAAUUGACUCCACUUUACAAUUGCUUCACACUUCUCACACAGUGUCCAAGGUAGUACAACACACUUCAGGUGUGUACAUCCAUACAGAACUCAGCCACCCACAAACCUCAAUUUUUAGACAAGAAGGACAUCUUU